AUGCCUCCCGCAAAAUCCUCCCGAAAUCACGACGACUCCAAGUCGGACGCUCCCAAUUCCAAAGAAAAAGGCGGAAACGGCCAUUCUUCGACAAAGAUGCGCCGAAACGCCAGUCAACAAAACCACUCUCAUCUUCGAGAGGUUCAGAAUGCUGCUGCUGUUCUUCCUCCGCCGCCUGCUGAGCCUGUUCCCCCUAGUGUUGGUCAACCCCCUCUUGCCUACCAUGAUCUUCGAUCGCUCUUCCAGUCUCCCCUGCCAUGGGCUCUCUUCGAACGAAAUGUCCUCCAUGCCUACCGUCGCGAGCACCGUCUGAACACCCCGACCUCGUUCUCUAGCCCAUACUGUCAAUGGAUUCUGUCGCAGCCAAACAGCGUUGGCUUGCACUCUCCGACCAUGGUCCGACGUCGGCAAGCCCGGCGACAAAGCAAAGACCAGCUUGCGCUCUCUGUGCGCAAACAUUUUAAUGGAAUGGGCGUACAGGAGAACGAUGUGAUCGUCGACUUUAUUUACAAGAUUCGUCACGACCCCAAUCGCAUCUCUAAACCAUACGCAGGCGGCAAGAAUACGACUUUCAUGAAAUAA